UGUAAACGGCAACCACAAAAUUAUUUCAACACAGAUAGCGUUUCAAUUCACAAGAUUUCUCUAGGGUUUUAGAUUCAUCUUCUGCCUUGUCCAAUUGAAAACAAGAACUCCAAAAAGUGCUUUUCCUACUGAAUUUUAUAAACCACCAUCAAUUUGAACUAAGUUUCAUUUGAAGUGAAAUCAGGGGGAAGUCAUCAUGUUGUAUAUAAUAGGACUAGGACUGGGAGAUGAAAAAGACAUAACUUUGAAAGGUCUUGAAGCUGUAAAAAAAUGCAACAAAGUAUACAUGGAAGCUUACACUUCACUUCUUUCUUUUGGCCUCUCUCCCAAUGGCCUUUCCAAUCUGGAAAAUCUUUAUGGGAUAUCAAUUACAAUUGCAGAUAGGGAAAUGGUAGAGGAAAAAGCUGACCAGUUCCUUAACGAAGCUCAAUCUUCUGAUGUGGCUUUUCUAGUUGUUGGUGACCCUUUUGGAGCUACAACCCACACUGAUCUUGUUGUCCGUGCUAAGAAGCUGGGUGUGGAUGUUAAGGUGAUACACAAUGCAUCAGUGAUGAAUGCUGUUGGAGUGUGUGGCUUACAGCUCUACCAUUAUGGAGAGACGGUUUCCAUACCGUUUUUCACCGAGACCUGGAGGCCUGAUAGUUUCUAUGAGAAGAUUAGAGAAAACCGAAAACUUGGACUACACACACUUUGCUUGUUAGAUAUUCGAGUGAAAGAACCCACCAUUGAGUCUCUUUGCAGAGGGAAGAAGCAGUAUGAACCGCCAAGGUUUAUGACAGUUAACACUGCAAUCGAGCAGCUCUUAGAGGUUGAAGAAGCCCGUGGAGAAUCUGUAUAUGGUGAAAAUACAAUUUGUGUUGGCUUAGCGCGGCUGGGGAGCGAAGAUCAGAAAGUGGUCGCUGGUUCAAUGAAGCAACUUCUAACAGUUGACUUUGGGCCUCCGUUACAUUGCCUAGUCAUUGUUGGCAAAACACACCCUGUUGAAGAAGAAAUGCUGGAAUUUUAUGGGCUUUAGAAAACUUGUGAAGGUUAAGUAUAGCAAAUCUUUAUCAAAUGUUGUAUUCAUGUGUUGCCUUUUGUACCAUUCCAUUCUUUUUGGUGACUAUUAAUU